CGUGGGGCCCCGGAUGCGGUUCCCAGCAGCUGGGUCAGCAGUCUGGUCGUCACGGGGAGUAUGGACUUGGUCGCGCCCAGAAAAGCAUUGCAGUAUUAUUUGGGAGGUCUCCAGUCUGUUUCUGGAUAGACGUAACGAUUCUCUCCUGGGAGUCGGGACUGCCCGGUCCUAGUGCCCGGCGGAUACCCGCGCCGGGCUUGGGCGGUGCUGCGGGCGGAGGCCGAGGCCUGAGCCGAGAGCAACCUGGCUCCGUGGGGCGCCGAUGGCCGCACGCUCCCUGGGAAAGGCUUUCGCCACGGUGUCUCUCUCAGUGGCCCUGGCCUCGGUGACUGUCGGGUCCUCAGGCUGCCGCAGCAUCCCGGCGCACAGAAACUCAUUUUUGUCCCAUUGGUUUCAUCAUAACUCUAACAUCAUGUCUGAUUCUAAUGGUGCCAAAGAGAAUUCGCACAAUAAGGCUCGGACAUCACCUUACCCAGGCUCCAAAGUUGAACGUAGCCAGGUUCCCAAUGAGAAAGUGGGCUGGCUUGUUGAAUGGCAAGACUAUAACCCUGUGGAGUAUACUGCCCUCUCUGUCUUGGCAGGACCCAGAUGGGCGGAUCCUCAGAUCAGUGAAAGUACCUUUUCUCCGAAGUUUAAUGAAAAGGAUGGGCAUGUAGAGAGAAAGAGCCAGAAUGGCCUGUAUGAAAUUGAAAAUGGAAGACCCAGAAAUCCUGCAGGACGGACGGGACUGGUUGGCCGGGGGCUUUUGGGGAGAUGGGGCCCAAAUCAUGCUGCAGAUCCCAUUAUAACCAGGUGGAAAAGGGACAGCAGUGGAAAUAAAAUCACCCAACCUGUUUCUGGGAAACACAUCUUACAGUUUGUUGCAAUAAAACGGAAAGACUGUGGAGAGUGGGCGAUCCCAGGGGGGAUGGUGGAUCCAGGAGAGAAGAUUAGUGCCACACUGAAAAGAGAAUUUGGUGAGGAAGCUCUGAACUCCUUACAGAAGUCCAGUGCUGAAAAGAGAGAAUUGGAGGAGCAGUUACACAAACUCUUCAGCCAAGAGCACCUAGUGAUAUAUAAGGGAUAUGUUGAUGAUCCUCGAAACACUGACAAUGCAUGGAUGGAGACAGAAGCUGUGAAUUACCAUGAUGAGACAGGUGAGAUCAUGGACAAUCUGGCCCUGGAAGCUGGGGACGAUGCUGGGAAAGUGAAAUGGGUGGACAUCAGCGACAAGCUGAAGCUCUAUGCCAGCCAUUCUCAGUUCAUCCGCCUUGUGGCAGAGAAGCGAGACGCACACUGGAGCGAGGACUCGGAAGCCGACUGCCGUGGCUCCUAGCCUGCGUCUCCAGGUCCUCAGAGGCCAGCCAGGAGCGUGUCCUGAGGAGGAGGAGAGUCACAGAGCUCAUGCUGGGACAGGCCAGGUUACCCAGAAAUCAUUUUAUUCAUGUUCAGAAUGUUUAUAUUUAGAAGGUUUGGCAUCCGAAUAAAAUGAGUAAAUAUGAUAAAA